AUGAAAAGACUUGAAAACAAAGAUCUCUCACUUGUACAUUCAAUGAUUCCCCUAGGUUCUUGUACAAUGAAAUUAAAUGCAAGUUGUGAAUUAAUUCCAAUAAGCUGGCCAAAAUUUGCUAAUAUUCACCCAUUUGUACCCACAGAACAAGCAAAAGGAUAUUUUAAAAUUUUUAAUUAUUUGGAACGUUGGUUGUGUGAACUUACUGGUUAUGAUAAAUUCUCUUUACAGCCUAAUAGGUACUAG